CACGUUUAACUCAUGAGAAGUGAACUCUGCAAUAUUCUGUGAACUCGACGAAACUCCAACACUAAGAUAAUCACUGACAAACCCAUACAUUAUGAAAGGGGGUGUCCAUAGUAAGUUUCAAAAUGUAAAGUAAAUGGAAUGUCAGGCGUUGAACGUGUAUAAGCCUUUCCAAUGAUGGGCGGGGUGCAAAAACAUGCCAUUACGAUACACCGAAGUAUAUUCCUAUUCUGAAAACAAAAUUAUGGGAUAAAGGGUUGGGGAUCCGGAACCCUGGACACACUGUUGGAUCCGCCCUUAAAAAUGAUGUUGUUGCACGUUCAAAUUGUGUUGUCUAUUUUAUAUGCCUCGUAGUUCUACACAUUGAAAAUUGCCAUGGAUAAAAAAAGAAAUGAUAAUUUUUCCGAGGAUGAAAGAAUGACUAUAAUACUAACCAUCAAAGAACGUUCUGAUAUAAUUGAAGACAAAAGUAACAACGCAGCAAUAAUGAGGGGAAAAAACACAGCAUGGGUUGAGGUUAGUGCAGAAAUGACAGCGACAUUCCCUAAUCGAAAGUCGUGCGGUAUAAAGGACUAUAAGGAGUUGUGGAGGCGAAUGAAAAUUAAAGCAAAAAAGAUUGCCAGGGAUAAGAAAGUAGAUCUAGUGAAAACAGGGGGUGGAGAACAAGUUUGUGGCGACGUUGACGAAGAAACAUUAAUAAUAUUAAAUAUUAUUAAAAAAGAUCUGAAGGUGUUCUUCAACACUUGGGAUGAUGAUAGCGAGCUUCAACCACUGUCAGCUGCAAAUGAGACACCAACCCCAACCGGGAAGCAGACCACUCAACUGGAAACCGAGGAUAUAGAGCCGACUAUCCCAAGCGAUCAGUCGCAAUCUUGUUCUAACUCGAGUGAAUCCCACAGUUCUCAUCAAGAUCCAUUGCCGAUAAACCAGUCAAGCGAUUCCUUUGAUGGCCAAAUACCUAGGCACAGUUCCCAAUCAGACACUGCAAGCAGAGGGUUAAGACGUGGCACCAAACGAUCUUCGGACAAUUCUAACAGGGCUGGUACAGAGGGACGAACUGGUGUUAUGACGAGGGCGGAGGAAGCCAUGUCCUACCUGCAAGUAGAAAAUGAAGCAAAAAUGAAGCUAAUAACCUUACAGCAGGAGGCUGCAGCAUAUCAGGCAAAACGAAAAAUAUAG